UGGCGCAAACUUUACAACAUUGUAACGUGGACGCCUCCAAAAUGCCGCUGGGACCCAGAGAAGCCUCCCAAGUUCUCCAUGGGCCUGAAUGUCCUCUUCGCAUUUGCCGGAGCUUUCACAGUCGCAAAUCUCUACUACAACCACCCCAUUCUCAACAUCCUAGCUGAAGAUUUCGGCGUUGCAUAUGAGAAAGUCGCUCAGAUCCCGACGGUGAUGCAGGCAGGUUAUGCGGCCGGGCUGCUGUUUCUGUGUCCGCUUGGGGACUUGUUUCCUCGCCGGCCAUUUGUGCUCAUCCUCGUCUUCUUUACGGCGAAUAUGUGGCUCGGACUCUGCAUAACCACCAACAUGGCCGUUUUCACCGGAAUCUCAUUUGUCACCGCCAUCACCACCGUAACCCCCCAGCUCAUGCUCCCCCUAGUCGGCGACCUUGCACCACCCCACCGUCGCGCCGCCGCGCUCUCUAUUGUUGUCUCCGGCUUCAUGCUCGGUAUCCUUGUCGCCCGCGUCCUCUCAGGAACCAUUUCCAACUUCGUCAGCUGGCGGUACGUGUACUGGAUGUCCCUGGGACUCCAAUACACGAUCUUCAUCCUACUCUGGCUUUUCAUGCCCAACUACCCCUCCACCAACCCCGGCGGGCUCAACUACUUCAAAAUGCUCUGGAGCAUCCUCGUCAUGCUAACCAAGCACCCUGUGCUCGUCCAAUCCUGCAUCAUCUCUUUCUUCACCGCCUCCACCUUCACUGGCUUCUGGACCACCCUCACCUUUCUCCUCUCUGGCGCGCCCUACCAUUACGACCCCGUUGUCAUCGGCCUGUUCGGCCUCAUCGGCAUCGCUGCCAUGUGCUUCGGCCCGCUCUACGCGCAUAUUGUCACCGACAAAUACGUGCCCCUGAUGUCCGUCAUCGUGGGCGAGCUCUGCAGCCUCCUCGGCAUCUGUCUCGGGACCUAUAUAGGCUCCUUCACCGUCGCGGGACCCGUGCUCGAGGCCUUCCUAAUCGAUUUCGGCAUGCAGACGGCGCAGAUCGCGAACCGGUCGUCCAUUUACGCGAUUGAGCCGAAGGCAAGAAAUAGAGUAAAUACGGCGUUCAUGGUGUCGACGUUUUGUGGGCAGCUGAUGGGGACGGCGGCGGGGAAUCAUAUCUAUGCACAGGGCGGGUGGGUCAGGAGCGGGAGUGCGAGUGUGGGGUUUAUUGGGGCGGCGUUGGUGUUUUGUGCGAUUAGGGGGCCGUAUGAGACGAGGUGGGUCGGGUGGAAAGGGGGUUGGAGCUUGAAGAAGAUCGUUAGGGGUAGCGCUGAUGGUCAUACGGCUGAGAAAGAGCAUCAUCAGCAGCCGAGAGAGGAGCAAGUUGUGGCACUUGGAGCGGAAGAG